AUGAGGAACAUUAACGUGUGGAAGCCUAAGCUAAUCAGUCUUCUUUCUGUUUACUGCAUAUGGAUUUCUACAGUAUAUUGUACUUUCUUGAUUAAUUGUCAGAAUUUAUGUACAGGCGGCCUGAAUCAGACCUACAUCAGAGCAUGUGAGAGAGUUUCCUGUAAGUUUGGCUGCAGCUGUGCAGAGGAGGCUUAUGGUGCUGAAGUACAAGAUUAUUUGAACACACCUACAGCACCAUUUGCAUCUACCAUUGGAAGCCACAAUGUGACAUUGAGAUGGAAGUUGGCUAAUAUCUCUGGGGUGACAUAUAUUAUUCAGUGGAAGUACAAUCAGCUCCCUGGAGACUGGAGGUAUGCUGAGGUAGUAUCUGAGCAUUCGUACACAGUGAGUAACCUUCAAGCCUUCACAGAAUAUGUGUUUCGAGUAGUUUGGAUCAUCACAUCUCAGAUGCAGCUCUAUUCUCCUUCUAGUCCCAGUUACCGGACUCAUGCAUUUGGAGUUCCUGUUACAGCUCCUAUCAUUAAAGAUAUUCAAAGUUCGGGGCCCGACACCGUGGAAAUUAGUUGGUCUCCACCACUUUUCCCCAGUGGAUUGAUUGUUGGAUAUAAUUUACUGUUAACCAGUGAAAAGCAGGAACUGCGCACAGCAUCCAGAGGUCAAAGUUUCCAGUUCUACUCCACCUUUCCUAACACCACUUACAGGAUUACCAUCGUAGCUGUAAAUGAGGUUGGUGAUGGGCCACCCGCAGAAGCUAAUAUCACUACUCCAGAACCCACAGUUAAGGAAAAAGUGAAAUGGCUCUUUCUAGCCAGAAACCAAUCUCUAAGAAAGAGAUCCAUGGAAUCUUUCUUGGAAGUCGCACAAUGCCUUCAGAAUGAUGUCAUACACCACAGUAUUACAGGGAUUUCUGUGAAUAUUUACCAGCAGGUUGUCUAUUUCUCAGAGGGAAAUUCUAUCUGGGCGAAGGGAGCUGCCAGCAUGUCUGAUGUGUCUGACUUAAAACUCUUUUAUGCUGGCCCAGGAAAAAUUACAUCAAUCUCAGUAGACUGGCUUUACCAGCGGAUGUACUUUGUCAUGAAUGAAAAGGUAUGUGUCUGUAAUUUAGAGAACUGCACAGUAGCUGAAGAUAUCGCUUCUCCUUCCAUUACCUCCCCUAAGAAAAUUGUAGCUGAUCCAUAUAACGGGUAUGUCUUUUAUCUGCUGGAGGAUGGAAUUUAUAGGGCAAGCCUCCCAGUCUAUCCUGGUCAGGUCCCUGAAGCUUUGCCGAUUGUAAGAAUCAACGCUCUGCAAGACUUUGUGAUAAACUUCCUGUCCAAAAGACUAAUUUACUUCAACAAAACUGAUCAAUCCUUUGUGUCUGGUUUUCUGGAUGGCUCAGACUUUAACAUCCUACGACCUCAAGUUUCAUUUAGAGACAUAGAGAGCUUUGUUUAUGAGAACAAUACUUUCGUUGUCACUGACGGCAGGGCAGUUUUCCGUGAGGAGUUGUCUCCAACUGGGAUCAAAGCCUUUAAUGAAUUUUUGGUGGAUUGCGAUUUUACCCAGGCUGAUUAUUUUGGAUACAACAACUUGCUUUCUUAUGGUGCGGCAACACAGCCUUAUCCUUUGCCAACUCAUCCUCAGCUUGUCACGGUGCUGUUUGGAUCAGACCAAGCUGUGGUCUGCUGGAGACCACCUCAACCUACUAUUGGAACCAGUCCUUCCGCCUGGCAGAACUGGACUUACAUUGUGAAGGUAUCAGCCCAACAUGGUGCUGAUGAAGAUUGGAUUGUCUCCAAUAUCAGUGACACUAGAUUUACAGUGAAAGGGCUGACCUACUCCGCAGCAUACCAGGUGUCAGUGAGAGCUCUAUCUCCUGCUGGGGAAGGACCCUGGACAGAGUCUUUUAGGGGCACCACUUUAAAAGAAGUUGAAGAAGAACCUUAUAUCUUGGCUGUGGGGGACGAUGGACUUUGGAAGCAGCCGUUGGAUAGUUUUGGGCCAGGAUUAUUCUUCUCUCCUAAUAUAAGAAAUGUCUCAGACAUGGACUGGUAUAAUGACACUCUCUACUGGAGCAACUCAACGGGGGAAGUUCAUAUGUGGUCACUGACUAGAAGAGCUGGUGCCAUUGAAAAGUUUCAUAUAUCUGACAUCAAAAAAGCAAGGAUAGUGGCCUUUGAUUGGUUGGGUCAGUAUUUGUACUGGGCUGGAAAAGCAAAUACGAUCUACAGAAAAUCACUGCUGGUAGGACACACAGAUGUUGUGGUGCAUGUUGCAUUCCUGGUGAAGGAUCUUGUGGUCGAUGCAAUCAAUGGCUAUCUGUACUGGGCCACAACUUACUCAGUGGAAAGCACCAGACUGAAUGGAGAGCACUACCUUAUGUUACAAGAGCAGCCACGGUUUUCUGGUAAACAGGUAGUUGCUCUAACCUUGGAUCUCAGUGACGGCUUCCUCUACUGGCUUGUGCAAGAUAGCCUGUGCCUAAAUCUAUACAGAGUCUCACUUUGUGGAGAGAGUUGUGGUGAUGCUGUAGUCACUGAAUUUGCAGAAUGGAGUUCUUCAGAAGUAUCCCAUAGUGCACUGCUGUAUUACAGUGGACGGCUGUUCUGGAUUAAUGGCUACCGGUUCAUUACGACACAAGAAGUCAAUCAGAGUGUUAGCAUCCCCUUUUCGCAACCAGCAGAGUUUGCAGCUUUUACCCUUGCUCAGAGGUCACUUAAACCUCUGCCAGGAAACUUUUCCUUUCCACCCAAAGUGAUUCCAGAUUCAAUUCUGGAGUCUUCCUUUAGGAUUGAAGGGAAUUCAUCACAUUUUCACAUCCUUUGGAAUACUUCCACAACUGUGGAAUGGGGCACUGUCUUCUACUGUGUGGAGUCCAAGUUUGUGGAUAGUGAACGGUGCCUGCCUCCUCGGAAUCUGACUGUACCAUCCUACAAAGUUGAAGGGUUGGAGCCCUAUAUGCAGUUUGAUUUUACUGUGACUCCUUAUACGUACUGGGGAGAGGGACCUAUGACAUCCAUAUCCCUUCGAGUCCCUGAAGAAGUUCCUUCAGCCCCUGCAAAUCCCAGAAUAUAUGUGUCACAUAAUGGUACAUAUGGCGGCAAAGAGAGAGCUAUAGUGGAAUUUAGGUGGAAUAAACCUAGGAGAGACAAUGGAGCAUUAACAAAGUUCAGAAUUUACUAUCAAAUAGUAAAUCAAAGUGGCACCAAUGAGACUUUUACAGAAUGGAACACAAGCAACAUUGCAACCUCUCUGAUGUCCUUUUCGCUCAAGGAUGUGCUUCCCAGGCUGACAGUGAGGUUUCAGGUGCAAGCCUUCACAUCGGCAGGUCCAGGACCUCUAUCUCAUAUAGCGGAAGCUAACUCAUCAGAUUUUUUUCCAGUUCCAGCUCUCAUAACUAUUUCUGCCAACAAGAUGGUCUUUACUGACAUAGACAGAAAUCAGACCAUCCAGAGUCUUUCAGCAAAAGGAGAUAUAAAGGGUGUCUGUUACACUGCUAAUGAUGAGACAAUGUAUUAUAUCCAGGAAGAUUCCCUUUUUCUUCUGAACAUACAGAAUAAUUCCAGGCUUCAGCUUUUCAAACAUGGAUUUCUCCGCAAUGUCACAGCUAUUGCAAUUGACUGGAUUGCAAGACACCUCUUUGUUGCCUUGAAAACAUCACUGAAAGGAACUCAAAUAUUUAUUAUGGAUCUUGAACUCAAGGCAAAAUCCCUUAAAACUUUGAACGUACAGUCAAGUACCCAAUACUUGACUAUAUCAUCUCUCUCAACAUAUCCUUUCUUAAGUCGUCUGUACUGGAUGGAAGCCUUUGAUUCGGGCUGCUGGAUAUUUUAUUAUGAUAUCGUGAAUAAUACCACGCACCACAUUUUGGGACACACACCUUUAGAACAUCAGACAAGAAGAAGCUACUGCAGUUGCAAUGUGACUGAAACAGACCUUGGAAGAGCAAUGACUAUAGAUAUGUCUGACUCCAAGAAAGCCCAUAUUUUCUUUAUCAAAGGAAGGGAUGAAAUCUGGGCCUCAGAUUUAGAUGGAUGCCACUGCUGGAGAGUUAUCAGUGUUCCUAGUCUUCAAGACAUGACCAUUGGUAGUUUGACUGUCGACAGACAGUUUAUAUACUGGACUGUUGUAACAAAAGACUGUACGACAAUUUAUCAAGCAAAUCAAGAGAGCAAACCCCUCUUCUUUCAAGAAAGAGCACAUGAACAGGUGCAAAUCUUAGCCUACAGCACAGCCAUGCAGCCCUACCCAGAUAAAAGAUGCCUGACUCUAGCUUCAAAUGCUGAGAAACCUACUAUUCUUAAUAUUACAAACACCAGUUUUACAGUAAGCUUACCGUCUGUCAAAACACAACUUCUGUGCACUGGCAUAACACGCCCUACUUCAACAUACUUGGUGUACUAUGGAAAAGUUACUAAUGAUGGCAAGAGCUCAGCGCGCUGUUUGUCUGGCCUUCAUUGUACAGUAAUGGAACUUCAGGAAAAUACUGAAGCACUUAUUGAAGGCCUACAGCCAUUUUCAAUUUAUGUGAUACAAGCUGCUGUGAAAAACUAUUAUUCAGAUUCUUCUGAGCAGCCACAUUUGGGAAAACAGACCAUUGGCACAACUCUUUAUGGAGUACCAGAGGCAGUUAACCUCAUUGAGAUACUGGUUCUGUCUGAUGACACCAUCAAUAUAUCUUGGAGUGAGCCUUCACAGCCAAAUGGACCCAUAGACUCUGUCCGCUAUCAAAUUACUGUCAACUUUUUACCCCCAAUUCCUGCAGCUCCUUUGAGAAAAAAUGAAUUUCCAAAUGGAUCACUUGCCUGGUCUAUUAACAGCCUCAAUGGUGGAACAAAUAACGUAUUCAAGGUUCUUGCUUUUCAUCCAGAGAAGAACUGGUUUUCUGAGAGUGCCCCUGUGUUUGCAGCAACGUUUGAGACUCCGCCUGUCCCAGUUCAUAUAAUUGCCAGAAACACCAGUUGUCAGUUAGAAUGGAGGUCUCCUUUGCAUGGCAACAUAACCAGCUUCUGGUUUGAAUUGCAGAAGUGGCAAACAAAAAAUGGCUGGUUUUGUCCUGCAAACAUCACCUGUACGGCAGGUCCCACGUAUAAAUGUCAUCUCACGGGAGUUCGUCCUGACACCAACUACUUUGUGCGAGCAGCAGUUAUUUACAUAACCGGAGCAAAAAGCACCUCACCUCCAGGAAGCUUUAAAACUAGGGCUGGAGUUCCAAGUAAACCAGGAAUCCCCCAAAUAGCAGAGGAGAAUAAAAAUUCUGUACAGUGGGAAAAAGCUGAAGACAAUGGAAGCAAUCUUACCUACCACAUUUUAGAAAGCAGGAAGGGGUCCUGGAACACAAGCAAAAUGAAGCCUUCUUGGGAGAUGGUUUACAAUGGCUCUUGUACCAAUAUAUGCACAUGGAAGGCCAAGAACCUAGAAGGAACUUACCAGUUUCGAGCCGCAGCUGCAAAUAUGCUGGGACUGGGUGAAUACAGUGGCAUCAGUGACAAUAUAGUGUUGGUUAAAGACGCUGCGCCCCGCCCAGAGGCAACCAUGACCAUAGCUGUUGUGACUGGAGUGAUUGCCUUCAUCUUAAUUGUGAUUGCACUGUUUGCUUUAGUCUGGCACAGAAUAUGGAAGUUCAGAAAGUCUGCGCAGCAUGGGCAGAUAGUGCUUGUCAGAGAAGAUAAAGAAUUAGAUCAACUUAGGGGGCUGGCUGAUGCUGUGGGAUUGUCUAAUGCUUGCUAUGCUGUGAGCACUCUUCCUACUCGGGCGGAGAUUGAAUCUUUGCCAGCCUUUCCUCGGGACAAACUGAAUUUGCAUAAUCUGCUGGGAAGUGGAGCCUUUGGAGAGGUGUACGAAGGGACUGCAGUAGAUAUCACAGGAGCUGGAAAUGGGGAAUCCAAAGUGGCAGUGAAGACUUUGAAGAAGGGUGCAACGGACUAUGAAAAGAGUGAGUUCCUGAAGGAGGCACACUUGAUGAGCAAAUUUGAUCACCCCCACAUCCUGAAGUUACUUGGAGUCUGCCUGUUGAAUGAACCCCAGUACAUUAUCCUGGAACUGAUGGAAGGAGGAGAUCUACUCAGCUAUUUACGAAGAGCAAGAGGGCAAAAGUUCCGAGGUCCUUUGCUAAAAGUGGCCGACCUGCUGUCUAUCUGUCUGGAUAUUUGCAAAGGUUGUGUCUAUUUAGAAAAAAUGCACUUCAUUCACAGGGACCUGGCAGCUCGUAAUUGCCUUGUGUCAGUGAAGGAAUACACCAGCCUCUCCCGAAUAGUGAAGAUUGGAGAUUUUGGACUUGCCAGAGAUGUCUAUAAAAACGAUUAUUACAGGAAAAGAGGAGAAGGGCUGCUCCCCGUGAGAUGGAUGGCACCUGAAAGUCUUAUUGAUGGUGUGUUUACUAACCGAUCUGAUGUAUGGGCUUUUGGAGUCUUGGUUUGGGAAACUUUAACCUUGGGUCAUCAGCCGUAUCCAGGUUACUCCAAUCUUGAUGUAUUACAUCAUGUACAAUCAGGAGGGAGGCUGGAGUUGCCAAACAAUUGUCCUGAUGAUCUAUGGGAUUUAAUGACAAAGUGCUGGGCCCAAGAACCUCACAAUAGGCCUAUGUUCUGUUAUAUUCAGGACCAACUGCAAGAACUGAGAAACUCUCCUAUGUGCUGCACUCCCCAGCUUGAGGACUUAAUGCUUUCUACUGGAGUCCUCAACCAUGCCUUUGAAGAUGCAGAUGGUGAUGCUCCACGUACAGAUUCAGAAAGUACUUUUUCAGCUGCUUUAAUGGAAACCAGGAACAUCGAAGGCUUAAACUAUUUGGUACUAGUCACAGAAAGCAACCAAGAUCAAGAAAACAGAGAUUCAAAUGAGCUGGGUGAAAUCUGAUUCCUUCAGUCAGAGGAAAGAAGAGAAGGCACCACGUGCAGAUGAAGAAAUAAGCAAAGGAAAAUACCCUGUACUCUGCCAUACUUUCAGCAGUCCUGAAGGUGUGAACUGUGCCUCUGAUAAUGACGAGUGAUCUGAUAGGUUUAUUUUCAGGUUAAGUACCUCGCAAGCAUGUGUCUCUUGUCAAAAUUAGAGAUGUCAUCUGAGGUUUUAUUUAAAAAACUGUAAUGACUAAAAAUACUGGAAAAUAUUGCAAGGGGAUUAAUUAUAUAUAACAGAAUAGUAACCCGGUGACAUGGGAGUUCUUUGAUCAAGAAUUACUGAAUUUUAAAGCCCCUUGAGUAUUUCAUAUGAACUAGGUUAAUUGGACAUGUAAUCAGAUGAGAAGUUAUUUUAAAAUGAAAUUUUGGCACACAUGCAAUCAUGCUCGAAAGAGAGCAAUGAUGUGCUAUUUCAUAUAUUACAGGAGUGGCCAUCUGCGGCUUAGGAGCAGCCACAUGUGGCUCUUUUACUGUUAACCCCCCCAAAGCCCCCAUUCUCCGCCUACCAGACUGGGGAAGGGGAGCUUGGGGCUUGUCCCCUGCGGGGGGGGACACUAGGGGCUUCUGCCCAGCGAAGAGGGGGUCCUAAGGGCUUCAGCACUGUGGGAGGGGCCUUCCAGGGCUCCAGCAAGAGUGGGGUAGAAGCCCAUAGCCCCACCACUCUGCCGCAGGGCAGAGGCCCGAGCCAUGGCAGGUGUGCCCGACUCUUGAAUGUCUGAAGUUUAUUGCACGCGGCUCAGAGGGUCAGUAAGUUUGGCGGCCCUGAUAUAUUAUAAAGCUGCUUCUCACUGGCUUAUGGCAACAAUGUUGCCUGAAAUUUGGCCCACAUUUAGAUUUGUGUAAAAACAAGCUUUUGCAAAAUAGAAGAAAAAUGUCAUUGUUUUUAUGACUUUAUUUUUUUGAAAUUCCCCAGUUGAAACAGCUGCAAUCAGAGAUCAGCCCACAGGCUGCGCAUCAUUGAGUAUAGCUUAUUUUAUUUCUUAAUUUAAAAGAAAAGAUUUUGGAACCAUUAAGUUGUGCAAUAGCUUUUCUGUGGAUCUAUAUAAUCCUAUUUUUGUUACCUUUGUCCUCCCUCCUCCUUUUGUUUGUCAGUUAGUGUGUCUCAUUUCACGUCCGGUUGUAAGCUCUGCAGGGCAGAGGCUGUCUCUUACAAUGUAUUUGUACUAUGGAUAGGACUAAUGGGGCUAUGCCGGGAAUGGGACAAUGCAGGGGUACAACAGAUCAAGUUAACAGACCCUGAUGCAAGACCUUGGAUUAGAAGAUGUCAAUAUUCUUUUCUGUAUUUGGAAAUCAAACCAACUGUUUGACAAGUUUUCCAAAUGGAAUAUACUGACUAAAAAGCAUGGAUAGUCAAUUGGGACCAUAAUUAUAAUUGAACGAGUUAGACAGAGUUAUUAAAUGGCAUCUCUUGCAUUAUUUAUCAAAUAGCUGUUACAAUAGCCUGUUUUCAUGCAAAUAUAUUUAGUUAUAGAGGACACAGAAGAGAAAUAAAGAAAACAUAGUAUAUGGGCAGAGUUGUUUUGAAACAAAGAGCCAGAUCCUCAGCUAGUGUGUGACUCCAUUGAAGUCUGGCCCAAAAUGUUUGUUAAACGAGUAGAAUGAGGUGUUAAAAUUCUGGGCUUCUAAGAGAUUAUUACAAAAUAAACACAGAAAAUCUAUUUUUAAAGUACUUGUCAAAGCCCCUAUAAAUGAUUAAGAGCAGAUGAUUACAACUAAACUUGAAAGCCUGACCUGGUGAUGCUGACAAAAAACUAAAGCUUCUAGCACUUUUUUUUUCCAAAUUAUGUUCACUGGAUAAGAAAAGUAUCUAUGUUUGCUUCCUCUUAAUAUGUUGGCUGAUGAGAAUUUUAUAUACAUUGCUCCCAUUUGGAUACCCUUGAAAUAAUAAGUAAUAGAAUCUUUACAUUAGGAUUCUAAAGUGAAGACAGCGAGUCCCCCACCCCGAGUCCUGCCAACACACAUGGGUAACUUAACACCCAGGAAUAACUCCCUUUCAUUCAAUAGCAUUACUCAAAUGCAGCAAGGGCCUGCCUGAGCCAAAGCUCAUUGAAAUCGAUGGAACAGAUCUCCCACUGACUUCAGCGGGUUUUGCUUCAGGCCCAAAGUUAUUCAGAAAUAUGGCUUUCAUAGGAUUUGGGGGCUUGGUUUGGAGGAGCAGGGCUUGAUCCUGCCAGUGGUGCAGGACCCUGCCAGUGGUACCUGCACAGAUGGGAUCCUCAGGAGCACGCAGCAUGGUGUGGUGGCCCUAUCACUGAGGAUCCCUAAUUGCCCCUGAUGUGGAGAGCUAUGCUCACUUGACCAUCCCACAACCUGCUCUGCAGGAGUGCUCAGAGGACAGAUGGGGUGUGGCAAGAGGUAGAAUCAGGACACGGAACCACACCCUCUGCAGCACUGUGAUCCAGGAGGUAGUAGCUACUCCCCACCCACCAUCCAAAAUCAAGCUCCCCUGUGCUUACUGGCUGCAAGUGUAGGGGGUCAACCAUGCAGACAGGGAACUGCAGGAACCCAGCAGUUGCACCACGAGCACCACGGCCCAAAGCCCAGGCAGCUCUGCUGGAGAAGUGUGUCUGAAGGUUGGCCAACCCAUGAUGUGUCUAUCUCAGCCAGAUGGAGAGGUGACCCCAGACACAAUCCCCCUUGCUGCACUGUUUUGAAGCCAUGUGCCUCUGUGGCAUGGGCAUCAGUGCACAAUGGGGCCCUGUCUGCUGCUGUAUGGGCAGAUCCUUGUGUGCGGGCUGUCUUUGGAUUGCAUGCUGCUCUGCUGGCUGCUCAUCCCACUCCCACGGGGGUCCACUUGCUUGGUGGUACCCUAGGACCUAUGCAGCAGCAGGAUUAAUCCCCUAACAAGAAGUGACAAGAAGUUAUGCUGCAUGGCCUUGAGCAAGUCACUUCACUUCUCUUUCCCUCACUUCCCCCAUCUGUAAAAUGUGAAUAAUAAAACGGAAC